AUGGCGUUUGCAUAUCAACAUCCCUUGGUCACAAAUAUUGCUCUUCUCCCUGUUCAUAAAUCUGAUGAUUCAAAUUUAAAUAAAGGAAAUAUUUAUUCGACUUUUUCCCUACUUCCUAUUAUCCUCGUCUUAGCAGUAGUGCUGGGAGUGUAUACUUUUUGUAAAGUUCGAAGGUGUCGUGAAGAGAAAAAGCAGAUACUACAUUUGGCAAACUUCUAUGAUUCAAUCGAGUAUCCGAAUUAUUGCGAAAAAGGGCUGCUUCCCCAAAAGGAAUUCUUCAAUAAACUCGAGAAUAAGCAGAACGCGACUGGAGAGCUAUUUCAGGACUUUGACAGAAUAAGACAAGCUCUAAUGAUUCCGCCAAUAGGAUCAUCUCCUUUCUACCAACCUAUCGGAACUCAAAAAGCAUGUCAAGCAGCAGUAGCCAAUUCUGUAAGACCAUUUAUAGUCCGUAAAGUCUGA